UGCUCCUGCCCCAGGAGGAGGCCCAGCACAGAGGGAGGAAGGACAGCAGAGCUCACACAUCAGACAGCAGUGCUUGUGGGCCUUUCUGGAGCAGAAACUCUUCUCUGACAGGGAGGGACACAGCAGGCAGCAGGCACCAUGGAGCCCCCCUCAGCCCCUGCCCACAGAGGGCAUGUCCCCUGGCACAGGCUCCUGCUGGCAGUCUCACUCCUAAGCUUCUGGAACUUGCCCGCCACUGCCCAGAUCACUAUUGAAUCAGUGCCCUUCAAUGUCGCAGAAGGAAGCGAUGUUCUUCUACUUGCCCACAAUGCGACAGAGGAUACUCUAGGCUACAGCUGGUACAGAGGAGAAAGAGUAGAGAACAACCAACUAAUUGUAACAUACAGAAUAGACACUCAAGCAUAUACCCAAGGACCUACAUUCAGUGGUCGAGAGAGAAUCUACCCCAAUGGAUCCCUGCUGUUCCAGAAUGCCACCCAGAAUGACACAGGAUACUACACUCUGAUGGUUACAAAGAAUGAUUUACAGAGAGAAAUUGUAACUGGACUACUCCGUGUAUACCCGGUGUUACCCAGGCCCAUCAUCACCAGCAACAACCCCAACCCCGUGGAGCACGAGGACACUGUGGUGUUAACAUGUGAACCUGAGACUCAGCACACAACCUACAGGUGGUGGAUCAACAACCAGAGCCUCUCCAACAGCACCAGGCUGCAACUGUCUGAGGACAACAGGACACUCACUUUAUUCAACGUCACCAGAAAUGACACAGGACCCUAUGAGUGUGAAACCCAGAACCCAGUGAGUGCCACCCGCAGUGACCCAUUCACCCUGAAUGUUAUCCACCCAGUGGCAAAGCCCAUCGUCGAAGCCAACAGCACCACCGUCACAGAACACGAGGACACUGUGGUCCUGAAAUGCCUCACAAAUGACACCGGGGUCUCCUUACGCUGGCUCUUCAAUGGCCAGAGCCUACUGCUCGCAGAGAGGAUAAAACUGUCCCAGGACAAUGGCACCCUCACCAUAGAGCCCGUCAGGAGGGAGGAUGCUGGGAAUUAUCAGUGCGAGGCCUCCAACCUGGGCAAUUCCAACAAAAGUGACCCCCUCAGGCUGGAUGUGAAAUUUGAUUCAGCACCAGGAAGUUCUUCUGGCCUCUCAGGUGGUGCUAUUGCUGGCAUCGUGAUCGGAGUCCUGGCUGGGGUAGCUCUGAUAGCAGGCCUGGUGUAUUUCCUGUUUAUCAGAAAAAUUGGAGGGUGCAAGGACCCUGUGCUGGGAAUAGCAGUCACAGUGUCUGAUAUUUAUUUAGGGCAAGUGACCAGCGCCAACUCACAGAGAACAAAUCCUCAGACUUCAACCACAUUCAGGACCACUCUGACAAACUGUCCAAGAAGAUUGAUGAAGUUACAUACUCUUCCCUGAACUUCAAUGCCCAGGAAUCAAAGAAACCUACUUCAGCACUUCCAUCUCCAUCAGCCACAGAAACAGUUUAUUCAGAAGUGAAAAAGAAGUAAUGCAACCAGUCCUGCUCGCUGCACUGCUGACUUAUUCCAAGCUUCUCAGCCCCAUCCCCAGGAGACCCCUUUCCCCUCAGGGAAAAUGGGAAGAGGGUCUUUCCCCCUCUUCAUUCCCCAGUGAGGCUCGUCCAGGCUGGCCUGGUCACAGCCUCCUCCUUCGGUGUCAGUAGAUGAAAAGGCACAUGUAGGAGGAGGUCUGCAGGAAACCCAACCGUCCUUGUCAGUGACAUGUGGCUAAGCAGACCUUGGGAGAGAGGUGCCAGGGCCUCUGCCCCUCCCCAUUUCCUGAUCUAAACUGGUUUUAAACUUGCCUGUUCAGAACACACUCAUUCCUUCCCACCUCAGCCCUGUCCUACUGGAGUCUAACUUGAAUGUGACAUAACUUUGAGUUAUGUCCUUAACCACUGAAGAGCAUGUGCCAGAAAAGAAGAGAGAGAAAAGGAAAAAGAAAAGAAUUUCCUAGCUCUCUAAAGCGUGGUGUGAACCCACCAUUCAUGGGAAAAUACAUAUAUAAGCAAUUCUGAACUGGGAAAUUCUACACCUUUUUUCAUUGUCAGGGUUGUCUCUCUGGAGGACCAGGGCCUAAACACCUUGCUGCUUAUUUAGAAUACCACCUAUGUCCUUUGGAAAACCUGUCUUCAGAGAACCUACUAGAAGCAACAGAAAACAACCUCUCAAAGUUCACAAGUGAUUCCUAAUGGAAACUUCAAAAAUGCAUAUACUCUUUUUUUCAUUUUUUUUAUUACUCAAAUGAAUUUAUCACAUAUGUAAAAAAAUGCAUAUACUCUUUUAAUAACUUUAAAGUAUGGGGUUUAUCCAAGAAAAUACUCAUAGAGGCAGUCUACUCUUUUUUUUUUUUUCUUUGUUUUUUCAGUGCCACACCUGUGGCAUAUGGAGGUUCCCAGGUUAGGGGUCAAAUUGGAGCUGUAGCUGCUGGUUUACACCACAGCCAAAGAAAUGCCAGAUCCGAGCUGCGUCUGUGACCUACACCAGAGCUCAUGGCAACACCAAAUCAUUAACCUCCUGAGCAAGGCCAGGGAUCAAACCUGCAUUCUCAUGGAUACUAGUUGGAUUCAUUUCCACUGAGCCAUGAUGGGGACUCUGUAGUCAGCUCUUAACAGAGACAAUCUGCUGGGAUUUUGGAAAGGAAUCUGAAUGCUACCCUUCAGAGAUUACUUAAAUAACUGUAAUAACGAUUAAAAAAGGCACAAUUUGGGUAUUGGGUUUUUUCCCUUCUUCUGAGACAUUCUGCUAUUUUACUUUUUGUAGCUGCUUGUUUAUGUGAAAGGGGUUAUGUUUACUUAGUUACCUGUGUCAGCCAAUCUGACUGCCUUAGGGAAAGAAGCCCCUCAAACCCUCCAAGUCCCUCUGGCCAGGAGCCCCUCAAGCCUUUUACGUCAGGGGCUCCACUCAGAAAAUAGGAAGCAGCUGUUCUCUACAUUCCUGGCCAGAAAUGGAUCUCACUCAGUUUCUAGGCAUCAGACCAAUCAUCAGCACCACCAUGAUCCAUGUCCCUGCCUGUGCAUUUCCAUCCGUCUAACCCACUCACCUUCUCAGGAAACCUUGGCCUCUGCUAAGCUGUGUUUGGUUCUUGAGAAGUGGGGGCACCCUGAAGGAAACUACCACUCAUGCUGUUGGUGCUGUUUGCAACCUAGAAAGCUGCACUGGUGCUGAUGCUCCUUAGGACCCAAGGGGAGGGAUGUAACUCAGCCCUAGACUUCUUGAAUAACCUCUGCAAUCUGUUUUCUGCCCUGGCGCCUAUGAGACCCAGUAUGUCAGCAGAAAAGGAAGGGAGGGAGAAAAAGAGGCAUGUCCUCCUGCCGCCCAACCUUCUGCACAGAUGGAAGCGCCUCAGGGCUGUUGAGAGAAAGGUUUUAUUCCAUAUCCAUGACCUGACCUCAUGCUGUGUGGAACUGACCCCCUCAAAGAGGGCUGGAUGGCAGGUCUCUGUACUCAGGUACCUCUUUCAGGGUUUUCUAACCCUGACACAGACUGUAAGCACCUUCUCUCAUCCACGCUGUUCUGUGUAAUUUAGCUUUGCCUGGCUAAGUCUGCUUCUGAAUUAUUUGUAAAAUUUGCUCUAUAUUUAUAAUAAAAAUUAUAUAUCAGACAUCAA